CCAAUCUUUUUGUCCGCCAAUUUAAAGAGAACAAAGUUUACAUUCUGUAGAGCAAAACAAUUCUUCAAGUUUUAAACACACUAAAAAUCUCAAAACUUUAUGCAGCACUAUUUCAGUUGUUUAAUUGAAAUGUUUGUGAAGAAAUUUAUUUUUACAACAAAAAAAAUGUAUUAAAAAUGAGUAUAGGUAGGUUAUGGUAGAUGUGCAAACACAAGCCGCCAGUGACGUUGUUAAACUGAAGUGUUGAGUUUUAAAACCAAGUGUGUUUUCUUGUUUAUUGAUUUGAACACUCCUUCUAACAAUAUUAGGCUAUUCUCAAAUUUUUCAUAGAAAAAACUCUUGCUUUUGAUAAAUAUUUCGAGCUUAUCUAUUUGUAGUUUUGUUUACAUUUGAACAAAACUUGUGUAAAUAUUUUACUUUAAAGCACAACACAGCUGAUCAAAACCUACCAUGCUUUCUGUAUACUGUGCUUUGUAAAAACAAGUUACAUUUUGAGAAUGAUUGAUCGUUCACUUCGCAUGGGUGAAUCUGUAGGACGCACUAUAUAUAACUGUUUUCUUUUUUAUUUCCUACUGUGAAAAAAAAAACUGUUGUGACAGGCGCAAUGGCAAGAGACAAAAGCCUGUGUGUAACAUACUUGUUGUGGUUCUUCUUCGGCUGGUUAGGUGCACAUCAUUUUUAUUUAAAGAGAGACAAACAGGCAUUCGUAUGGUUGUCUACAUGCGGCGGUUUCCUCUAUAUUGGAUGGGUAAGAGACUUUUGGCGAAUACCAGAAUAUGUCGAAGAUGCUAACGAAGAACCGGAAUAUAUGGAGACGCUCACGCGAAAAAUGAAACUACGAAAGGAGCCUCCGUUUAACACUUCGCGUUUUUCUGGAGAAAUGUUAAUAGGUUAUUUUUAUGGUUUACUUGUCAUCUUCGCCAUUCCAGAAGAGAUGCCAGCGUCUAUCACAGGCUUACUUGUGUGUUUGGGUAUUACUGCUGGUGUGUACAUAGUUGGAAACAUUGGAAGAGAACAGGGUCCCUUCACAAAGCCAUACUUGGCCGCACUGGCUUGUUAUACAUUACUUGCACAUUUAACCAACGAUCAACCUAAUUACAUAUACUGCUCAAUGGCUUCGGCUGCCAUGUUUAAUUACUAUAGACAGUAUCGAAAGAAAGUUGUCAGGAAGCCAUUUUGUACUCGAGUUUCGCAUUUAUCUACUGGAGCAACAGUCAUUUUUGUACUUUGGACUUGCUUUUUUUAUUUCAACGCUCAUAUUACGUACCAAGAUGGGGAAAAAAUCAAACUACGUGACUCGAUCAAUCAUUUCUUUAAAUCUCCAGCAUGGUUGAAUUUUAAACAAACUAUGUGGCAGUUAUAUGAAGAAGGCAGUAAAAAUGGAUGGAAAAACCUCUACGAUGAAAUUAUCAAAUCUCUCGAUCCCACAGGUGAAGCAAACGCGUAUAAAACUCUUGGACUUAGCACAAAUGCCUCUGAGGCAGAGAUUCGUAGAAUGUAUAAAACACUUGUUGUGAAAUGGCAUCCUGAUCGAUACAAAGGGGAUGAUAAGGAAUCUGCACAGAAACAUUUUAUAGAAAUACAACAAGCAUAUGAGAUCUUAACCAAGCGAAAGAAAUCAUCCAAGACCUCUACAGCAAAGGACAGGACUGAAUUCUAGAUAUGUAAUUAGCUACCUCCUUUUAAUGUAUUUAUUUUAAUAUCAAUUCUAAUUUCGUAGAA